CGCACUAAACUAUUUCCCGCGCUCCAGGUCUUUGUCGGAGCUCAGCAGAAGAAGCGUGAAGAUGGCGACUAUACUGGAUCUCCCCAAACCCAGAAUCAUCUGCUCCAUGAUGAGCCAGUACAUCAACAAACCCGUCUGCUUCGUCGGCCGCGUUGAGAAGGUUCACCCAUCUGGAAAAUCAUUCACUGUGUCGGAUGGAGAAGUGAAGUCUGCAACAGUUGAACUGAACGAUCCUCUUGAAGAAGAGCUGGUCGGUGCGACGGUCGAGGUCAUCGGCAUGGUGUCCAACAAAGGAGCGAUAAUGGCCACCACAUACAACAUCCUCCGAGAGGACAAAGGCACUUGUUUCGAUUUAGAGCUGUACACCGAAGCCCUGAAAGUCAUCCAUGACUUCCCCCAGCACUACCCGUUUGAAUCGGCUACAAGUGGAUGAGGCUCACCGUGAGAAGAUGUGGUCACUAAAGAUGCUCUUAAAGUUCAGUGUCCGUCGUUGAUUCAUGUGGAUUCCAGGUUUUGUUGUGAUUAAAAAUAGUUUUGUACAAAAGAGUCUGUAAUGUCAAAUAAGUUCUGUCAGUAAAGUUAAAACAUGUAAAGACCAA